AUUAUAGUGGCUUCCGUUGAUGUUGACCUUUAUGAGGUCUUGGAAAUUCAGCGGGGCUCAUCCAAAGAUGAAAUCAGACAGGCUUACCGCAAGGUACUAUGGGCGCACCUUGCCGCUCUUGCCAACCACCCCGACAAAGUCGCCGAAGACCAGCGUCCUGCUGCCGAAAUCAAGUUCAAGGCUGUUCAAGAGGCAUACGAAAUUCUGUAUGAUGAAGAAAAGCGCGAAAUCUACGAUACCCACGGCAUGGCUGCAUUCAACGGCUCCGGAGAACCAGGAAUGGCGGGCGGCCCUGACCUAGACGACCUGUUGGCCCAGAUGUUCGGUGGUAUGGGCGGCAUGGGCGGCAUGGGAGGUAUGCCCGGUAUGGGAGGCAUGGGUGGCAUGGGAGGUAUGCCUGGCAUGAACGGUGGCCCCCGUGGAAAGCCUGGAAAGAGUCCUGACGCCCACGAGAACUACGAGAUCACUCUGACGGAUAUGUACAAGGGCAAGACUGUCAAGUUUGCCGGUGUCAAGAAUGUCAUUUGCAGUCUUUGCGAUGGAAAGGGUGGCAAGGAAAAGGCCAAGGCCAAGAAGUGCUCCACCUGUGAUGGAGUAGGCUUCAAGGAGACCCUUCAAUCAAUGGGCCAGUUUUACACCAAAUCCAGCCAGCCUUGCAGUGUCUGCAAUGGACAGGGUUCUUUCUUCAGCCCCAAGGACAAGUGCAAGAAGUGCAAGGGAAAGAAGACAGUUGAGGAAAAGAAGAUGCUCGAGAUCUACAUUCCCCCAGGCUCAAAAGAGGGUGAUAAGGUCGUUUUGGAGGGAGAGGCCGAUCAGAUCCCUGGCCAAAAGCCUGGUGACAUUGUCUUCACCCUUGUCCAAGAAGAGCACGAGGUGUUCGAACGCUCAGGUGCCGACCUGCGUGCUAACAUAACCGUCACACUGGCUGAGAGCUUAACUGGAUUCUCUCGUGUUGUUUUGACGCAUCUUGAUGGCCGUGGAAUCGAAAUUAAUCACCCUGCUGGCCAGGUUCUGGUCCCCGGUCAGGUUCUCAAGGUCAAGGGCGAGGGUAUGCCUAUCCGCCGCUCCGACGCACGAGGCGACCUGUACCUCGUGGUGAAUGUGGAAUUCCCCAACCCCAAGAAAGAGCCCUGGAACCUCUCUCCCGCUGUUGUCGAGCAGCUGCGAGAGAUUCUUCCCAAGUCCACUGCCGAGCCAAUUGAGGCCGAGUCUGUGGACACGGUUGAGUUUGAAUCCUUGGGCAACGCUGAGGAGUUUGGUGCUAAUGACAACGAGGAAGGAUGGCAGGAUGAUGAUGACGAGGAGGAGGCGCAGUGCGUACCUCAGUAG